GAGGCGCGGUCGGCCCCGCCGGGCCUGGGGAGAGAGGCGGGUCCUGUCGGCGGGGAUCUCCACUACUGCGGCCACACACUUCUCCCAAACGCUUCCCGGAAAGCACCGGGAUUUUAAAAACUUUAGGCUUUGUCUUUUCUUCUUCUUCUUCUUCUUUUUUUUUUUUUUUUUUUUUUUUGGUGGGGGAAACAAUAUAGAAGGCUUUUCCUUCUCUGCAACGAUUUUGUGGCUUCCUAGAGGUCAGGAGAGUGUUGGUCAUGGGAAAGAAAGUUGAAUUCAGUCUGCCCACAUGGGCGUGCCUAGCUUUAGAACAGCGCUAUUUAGGAGAAGUUGGAAGUUACACCGUUUGGGAUUCGCAGAGGCAUUUUUGGAACAUCUUUGGAAAAAAUUGCAGGAUCCAAGUAAUCCCGCCAUCAUCAGGCAGGCUGCUGGAAAUUAUAUUGGAAGCUUUUUGGCAAGAGCUAAAUUUAUUCCUCUUAUUACUGUAAAAUCAUGCCCAGAUCUUUUGGUUAACUGGCUGCACAUAUACCUUAAUAACCAGGAUUCGGGAACAAAGGCAUUCUGCGAUGUUGCUCUCCAUGGACCAUUUUACUCAGCCUGCCAAGCUGUGUUCUACACCUUUGUUUUUAGACACAAGCAGCUUUUGAGCGGAAACCUGAAAGAAGGUUUGCAGUAUCUUCAGAGUCUGAAUUUUGAGCGGAUAGUGAUGAGCCAGCUAAAUCCCCUGAAGAUUUGCCUGCCCUCAGUGGUUAACUUUUUUGCUGCAAUCACAAAUAAGUACCAGCUCGUCUUCUGCUACACCAUCAUCGAGAGGAACAAUCGCCAGAUGCUGCCAGUCAUUAGGAGUACCACUGGAGGAGACUCAGUGCAGACCUGCACAAACCCACUGGACACCUUCUUCCCCUUUGAUCCCUGUGUGCUGAAGAGGUCAAAGAAAUUCAUUGAUCCUAUUUAUCAGGUGUGGGAAGACAUGAGUGCUGAAGAGCUACAGGAGUUCAAGAAACCCAUGAAAAAGGUGAGGUCAAGAAUUGGCUACUGUCCUCAAUUUGAUGCCUUGCUGGAAUAUAUGACUGCUCAGGAAAUAAUGAUUAUGUAUGCCAGAAUAUGGGGAGUCUCUGAGCCCCAGAUUGGGCUGUAUGUGAACAAAUGGUUGAAUUCACUGGAACUGGAGUCUCAUGCUGCCAGGCUUAUCAACACCUACAGUGAAGGAAACAAACGUAGGCUGAGUACUGCUAUUGCCCUAAUGGGAAGGUCUUCAGUCAUCUUCCUGGAUGAGCCAUCAACUGGCAUGGACCCAGUAGCCAGACGCCUGCUCUGGAACAUGGUGACAAAGACACGUGAAAGUGGAAAAGCCAUCGUUAUGACCUCCCACAGUAUGGAGGAAUGUGACGCCCUCUGUACCAGUCUAGCCAUGAUGGUGCAGGGGAAGUUCACUUGCUUGGGCAGCCCUCAGCAUCUCAAGAGCAAGUUUGGCAACAUUUACAUCCUGAAGGUCAAGGUCAAGACUGAAGAUAAAUUAGAGGAUUUUAAAUGUUAUGUUGCAACAACAUUUCCAGAAUAUAUGACUGCUCAGGAAAUAAUGAUCAUGUAUGCCAGAUUAUGGGGAGUCCCUAAGCCCCAGAUUCAACUGUAUGUGAAGAAAUGGUUGAAUUCACUUGAACUGGAGCCUCAUGCUGAUGAGCUUAUCAACACCUACAGGGCUUUCAGUGUGUUCUACGCAGAAACCAGUUCAAGGACUGGGUUUUCUUCUGCAAUAAAAUGCUGAAGUUGUGGCAGAGACCUCCACAGUGAGAACAACCACGGAGUUGGCUAGGAGGUGACAUGAUGUGGAAGUGGUGGAUGUGUCCACAAGAUGGCACUCCUAAUUUGUAGCUUAAUGCUUAAUAGGACAUUUUGCAAUUGACAAACUUGGGAUUUUAUGACUUAUGUAGCUGAUAUCAUGAAUUAUGUUUCAAAUCCUGCCACAUUUUGAACAGAAUUUAUUUUUGCCCCUUUCUGAUAUUGGGUCAUAACCUAAGAAUGAGAGGACAUUAUAAGCAGGUGUGUGUGCGCGUGCGUGUGCACUUGAGUGUGGAGACUUUUGUGUUCCUCCUACCUGACCUGAACUGUUGAAUGAUGAAGUUACAAUGACUGGACUCAGGGGUGCAGCUAGCUAACUUGGGAAUUGGGGUUUUGAAGUACUGGAGACAGCUUUGUAUGCCAUGUUAAUGAAUUUGAACUUUAUCCUGAAAAACGUGGCUGUCGUUGAAGAAUUUUAAGCAGGCAGGUAGCUUGAUCAGAGCACUGCUUCCCAGAUUUCACUCAGUGGUACCUGUAUAACACAUUCAUGAUUUUUGCUGUAUCUCCGUAUCAUCAAGUUACUUAACGUUUUUACACCAACUUUUAUUAUUUUAUAAAUGUACUUAAAGAGGAAAUUCACUACUAGCAUUGCUUGCCAUAAUCAAAAUAAAUAUAUUAUUAAAAUGGAACA